AUGAAGGCCACGCUACUGCUCAGAUUUCUCGCCACGGCCUCUGCUGUACGUGCACAGUGCUCCACGGAUGCGAGCACUUGCAAUGUCUACAGCGGCGAUGAAGAGGCUAUCCAGCUUACCACGCGUUCUGUGCCGAACGUCACGACGCACUACGGCUCGGGAGGCGAGACGCAACAGACGGGCGGCGAUGGCUACAUCACCACGAACCAAGGCGUCAAAGUUGAGGAUAAUCAGAACAGCCUGCGUAGCGGUUCGCGCGGUCCUUCGCUCCUUGAGGACUUUAUGCUCCGCGAGAAGAUUUUCCAGUUCGAUCACGAGCGCAUCCCAGAGCGCAUCGUCCACGCGCGUGGCUCCGGCGCCCACGGUUAUUUUGAGGCCACCGAAGACAUUUCCGACCUGAGCAAGGCUGCUGUGUUCAAGAAGGGGACCAAGACGCCCGUCUUUGCGCGUAUUUCGACGGUUGCAGGCGGGGCGGGUUCCGUGGACACGCCUCGCGAUGUGCGUGGAUUCGCGACCAAGUUUUACACGAGUGAGGGUAACUGGGAUCUUGUCGGCAACAACAUUCCUGUUUUCUUCAUCCAGGACGCGAUCAAGUUCCCUGACCUGAUCCACGCGGUCAAGAUGGAGGCUGACCGUGGUUACCCCCAGGCCGCUACGGCCCACGACACCUUCUGGGAUUGGGCUUCGCUUAUGCCCGAGUCGACGCACAUGCUCAUGUGGGCAAUGAGCGAUCGCGCGAUUCCCCGCUCGAUUCGUCUCAUUGAGGGCUUUGGUAUUCACACCUUCCAGCUUGUGAACGACAAGGGUGAGACGCACUUUGUCAAGUUCCAUUGGAAGCCCAAGUAUGGUUUGCAGUCGACUGUUUGGGACGAGGCCGCGAAGCUCCAGAGCGCCAACAACGAUUACCACCGCGAGGACCUCUUUGAGGCCAUCGAGUCCAAGAUGUACCCAGAGUGGCACCUCGGUGUCCAGGUUUUCAACAAGACCUUUGCCGAUAACCUUCCGUACGAUGUUCUUGAUGCUACCAAGCUCAUCCCGGAGGAGGACGUUCCGGUUAAACUGAUCGGUCGCAUGGUCCUCGACCGCCACCCCGACAACUUCUUUGCAGAGACCGAGCAGGCGGCAUUCUGUCCGUCGCACGUCGUGCCCGGCAUCGACUUUUCCGAUGACCCUCUCUUGCAAGGCCGCCUUUUCUCCUACCUUGACACUCAAAAGUCGCGCCUGGGCACCCCCAAUUUCCACCAGCUUCCCAUCAAUGCGCCCAAGGCUAACGUGUCCAACUUUAACCGCGAUGGCAUGAUGCAGAUGAACGUGCCCAAGGGCCGCGCGAACUACGAGCCCAACAGCCUGAAUGAGGCAGGAGAGAACCCUGGCCCUCGUCGCUGUCCGUUUGGCUUCCGCACCAUGGGCCAAGGCGCUGCCACCGGUCCUCGUGAGGAAGGCCCCAAGCUGCGUGUGCGUGACGAGCGCUUCCGCGACCACUACAGUCAGGCGCGCCUUUUCUGGAACUCGCAGACGAAGAGUGAGCAGGCUCACAUUGUUGGUGGUUUCGUCUUUGAGCUCUCCAAGGUUUCCAUGUCUCAGGUGCCGAAGCGUGUUGUGAGCAACCUGCGUAAUGUUGACGAGGACCUCGCGAAGCGUGUGGCGAACGGUCUUGGUAUUGACCUUCCGGCCAAGGCCAAGGCCGCUUCGAAGACGCUCGACCUCGGGAAGAGCGACGCGCUCUCCAUCCACAAGAACAUGAAGGAGACUCUGGAGACUCGCACGAUCGGGAUUCUUGUCGCCGAUGGUACUGAUGCCAAUGAGGUCGACAAGGUAAAGAAGGCUGCCAAGGACGCUGGCGCCUCGGUCAAGCUGGUUGCUCCGAAGGCGCACGGUAUCCAGUUUGCCAACAACGCCUCGCGCUCGAUCGAUGCGCAGCUCUACGGCUCGCCCAGUGCUUUGUACGAUGCUGUGGCAAUUAUCCUCUCCGAAGAUGGUGCGAAGAAGCUCGCCAAGGACGGCGCGGCUGUGCAGUUUGUAAUGGACGCCUACGGCCACCUAAAGGCCAUCGGCUCUUCUUCGGGCGCCAAGGCCCUCCUCAACAAGGCUGGUGUCGAGAAGGACGACGGUGUUACGGGUCUUGGUGAUGACUUUAUUAACGCAGCCAAGCGCCGCUUCUGGUCGCGUGAGUCGAAUGUCCGCAUGCUCUUCUAA